CUUUCCUAGGAAGCACAUGUUUCCUCUGGAAUAUGGAUGUGGAUUCCUCUCUUGCUUAUUAGCAACAUCAGGACUGACAUUUUUAUGUGAACUUCCCUUGGUUCUAAAAAUCAUCACAUUUUGCAGACAAAUGAAGUGGAGAAGCAAACUCUGAGGGCUUUGCAGUCCAGGCACCUUGGAAGAGGAAUAUCUGACACCAAAUUCCUGGAGAUCAGUGGGUGUUUACUGAGACUGGACCAUUUGUUAGAAGACAGGAUUAUUGUCAAUAUUUAGUGCUUCUAAGAAGACAAAGGAUUUGAAAGACUGCUGGCUCAUCAUGUCCUCCAUCCUUGGGAAGAUGAAGAAGUUUGGCAGUUUUGACAUGGAGGAAUCUGAAGUGACAGAUGAACACACAGAUGGGGAGGACUCUGUCCAGGAAGCCCCUGACAACGCCCAGGGCCCACUCAGCUCCAGGAUGCACCCACCCAAAAGCAACAUUUUUGCAAGACGGGGCCGCUUUGUGAUGGGGGACAGUGACAAGGACAUGGCUCCCAUGGACUCCUUCUGCCAGAUGGAUCACCUGAUGGCACCUUCUAUCAUCAAAUUCCAUGUGAAUUUGGAGAGGGGCAAACUUCACAAGCUCCUAUCUACAGAUUCCAUCACAGGCUGCUCAGAAAAAGCUUUCAGAUUUUAUGACCGCAGAAGGAUCUUUGAUGCUGUAGCCCAAGGCAACACAAAGGACCUCAGUGACCUGCUACUCUACCUUAACAGAACCUUCAAGCAUCUCACAGAUGAGGAGUUCAAAGAGCCUGAAACUGGCAAAACCUGUUUACUGAAAGCCAUGCUGAAUCUACAUGAUGGGAAAAAUGAUACCAUUCCCUUGCUGCUGGAUAUUGCAAGGAAAACUGGAACUCUGAAAGAGUUUGUUAAUGCAGAAUAUACUGACAACUACUACAAGGGCCAGACUGCUCUUCACAUUGCCAUCGAGAGGAGGAACAUGUACCUGGUGAAGCUCCUGGUCCAGAAUGGAGCAGAUGUUCAUGCCAGAGCCUGUGGGGAGUUCUUCAGGAAAAUCAAAGGGAAAUCUGGCUUUUAUUUUGGAGAGCUGCCUUUGUCCCUGGCUGCCUGCACCAACCAGCUCUGCAUUGUGAAAUUCCUCCUGGAGAAUCCCUACCAGGCAGCCAACAUCGCUGCUGAGGACUCCAUGGGCAACAUGGUCCUGCACACACUGGUGGAGAUUGCAGAUAACACCAAGGAUAACACCAAGUUUGUGACCAAGAUGUAUAAUAACAUAUUGAUCCUUGGUGCCAAAAUUAAUCCCAUCCUCAAGCUGGAAGAACUCACCAACAAGAAAGGGCUGACUCCUUUAACUCUGGCAGCCAAAACAGGGAAGAUAGGGAUUUUCGCUUACAUCCUCAGACGGGAGAUCAAAGACCCCGAGUGCAGACACUUGUCCAGGAAGUUCACUGAAUGGGCCUAUGGACCUGUCCACUCCUCUCUUUAUGACCUGUCCUGUAUAGACACCUGUGAGAAAAAUUCAGUGCUUGAGAUCCUUGCCUACAGCAGUGAGACACCAAACCGUCACGAGAUGCUGCUGGUGGAGCCCCUUAACAGGCUGCUGCAAGACAAGUGGGACCGCUUUGUCAAGCACUUGUUUUACUUCAACUUCUUUGUCUACACCAUGCACAUCACCAUCCUCACUGCAGCUGCUUACUACAGACCUGUACAGAAGAAUGAAAAGCCUCCCUUCACCUUUGGUCACACCACUGGGGAAUAUUUUCGAGUAACUGGAGAGAUCCUGAGUGUACUGGGAGGCCUCUAUUUUUUUUUCAGAGGGAUCCAGUAUUUCGUGCAGAGGCGCCCAUCACUGAGGACCCUGAUAGUUGAUGGCUACAGUGAGGUUCUUUUCUUUGUCCACUCCCUGCUCCUGCUGAGCUCUGUGGUGCUGUACUUCUGUGGCCAGGAGCUCUACGUGGCUUCCAUGGUGUUCUCCUUGGCCCUGGGCUGGGCCAACAUGCUCUACUACACGCGGGGCUUCCAGCAGAUGGGGAUUUACUCGGUCAUGAUCGCCAAGAUGAUCCUUAGAGAUUUGUGUCGCUUCAUGUUUGUCUAUCUCGUAUUCCUCUUGGGAUUUUCCACAGCUGUGGUGACUUUGAUUGAAGAUGACAACGAGGGGCAGGAAACAAAUAGUUCUGACUAUGCCAGGUGCUGCCACGUGAAACGGGGCCGCACCUCCUACAACAGCCUCUACUACACCUGCCUGGAGCUCUUCAAGUUCACCAUUGGCAUGGGGGACCUGGAGUUCACAGAGAACUACAGGUUCAAGUCUGUGUUUGUCAUCCUGCUGGUGCUCUAUGUCAUCCUCACCUACAUCCUCCUGCUCAACAUGCUCAUUGCACUGAUGGGGGAGACUGUCAACAAAAUUGCACAGGAGAGCAAGAGCAUCUGGAAACUCCAGAGAGCCAUCACAAUCCUGGACAUUGAGAACAGCUACUUGAACUGUCUGAGGCACUCCUUCCGCUCUGGAAAGCAAGUUCUGGUGGGGAUCACCCCUGAUGGCCAAGAUGAUUACAGAUGGUGCUUCAGGGUUGAUGAAGUGAACUGGUCCACGUGGAACACUAAUCUGGGCAUCAUCAACGAAGACCCUGGGUACUCUGGGGACCUCAGACGAAAUCUCAGCUUCUCCAUUAAGCCUGGCAGAGUUUCAGGGAAGCACUGGAAAACAUUGGUUCCACUUCUAAAAGAUGGAGAGAAGAGGAGAGAAGAGCCUCACAAGCCACCAGAAGAAGUCAAAUUAAAACCUGUUUUGGAACCUUAUUUUGAGCCAGAAAAUUCUGAGGAGUUGAAAGAGUCAAUUCCAAAGUCAGCCUAAUUCUGAUUGCCUGUGCUGGUCCUCACAAAAGGGACAACAGAGCACUUCAUUUACAGGAACAGGGACUUCUGGAAAAAGGUCAAAGGACUUAGGGAAUUACCAUGUGCAAGGAUUUAUUUAUUACACUUUGUGUGCUAAAUAAACUAUUUGUUGUUUAAGCUCA